GAAUGAAGCACAACAGCAGUAACAAUAAAGCAUUCACCUCCAAGUGAAAUUGGCUGGUCGACUAUCUUCUUUUUAGUAUUAUUUUUCAUAAGCAGCAAAAACCUGAAAAAAAUAUUCAACAAAACACAAAACAAAAAUUGAAACAAAGAUUUUUUGGUAAAAGUAGUAAAAUUGUAGUUUGUAAGUUUGAUCCACGGGAACGAGCAAAUAUUUAGCAGCAACAAUAUCAGUAUCGUAGAUAACUAAUACAUAUGAAUGUGAAGCAACGUGUUAGCACAAUAUCACAGCUUUUGAAUUUAUAGUGAAUACAAUAUACAGAAUGCUAAAAGUAUUCAAUAGCAGAAAAUAUUCUUUGCCGAAUAAAAAGUUAUAGCGAAUAUCGGAAACAUUGGUAGUUUUUAAGGAGAACAUAUCCGUUUGUUUGCGAGCUGAGUGCAGAGUGGGUCACUCGAAAAAAAAAGAUAGAUUCAUUUGCAGUUUUGUAUGUGUGUUUUGGCGAACAGUUUAAGUGUUUCAAAGUGACUGAAUCAAUUGGAAAUGGUGCAGAGCUGAAGAAGUGAAUGUUGGAAGUCAAGAUUUGGAUCGGGCAUUGCGUUUCCGAGGAAGAUACCUCGUCCAAUAUUUAUUCUCCAAUAUGUGAAUGGAUUAUCUCCAGGAAUUUGGUAGACCUGAAAUAUAGGUCAUUGGAAAAGUUUCCGUAGCGUGAUUGUGUAAGGAACCUGUGUGGCGUCGGGAAAGCACCCGGAUUCACUAUGGAUAUGGGCAAUGAAGUUUUCACUAUGGGUCUGGCCUUGAAGCUUCAGAAAAUGCCUCCGGGAUCAACAUUGGAUUUUGGCGAGUUCCGCAGGGAGAAUUCCAACACAGCCGCAUACACCAGCGACUGGGAUAACCACCAAGUACAGGAAACACCACUAAACGACACCGGUCCAUAUGGGGAGUUCGAACUGUUCUACCGUCAUUCGUCUACCAUGACGGCCGUGUAUUGUGUGGCCUAUUUCGUGGUGUUUAUCGUUGGGCUGGUUGGCAACAGUUUUGUAAUAGCCGUGGUCUUUCGGGCACCACGGAUGCGAACCGUGACUAACUUCUUCAUCGUGAACCUGGCGUUGGCCGAUGUGUUGGUGAUAGUGUUCUGUUUGCCGGCGACGCUCAUGAGCAACAUUUUCGUGCCGUGGAUGCUCGGCUGGCUGAUGUGCAAAACCGUACCCUACAUACAGGGCGUUUCCGUGGCCGCAUCUGUCUACAGUCUGAUAGCAGUUUCGCUGGAUCGAUUUCUCGCUAUCUGGUGGCCGUUGAAGUUACAAAUCACCAAGCGCCGGGCACGGUUCAUGAUCGUGUGCAUUUGGAUCAUCGCGCUCGGGUCGACCAUACCGUGGGCUCUGUUCUUCGAGUUGAUUCCCAUUUUUCCGGAAGCUCCCGAGAUCAAGCUGUGUGUCGAGGUAUGGCCACCGGGUACCGAUGGUGCCCUCUACUUUCUACUAGCCAACCUAGUGGCGUGUUAUCUGUUACCGAUGACACUCAUCACUAUUUGUUACAUACUAAUCUGGAUUAAGGUUUGGAAACGAUCCAUACCCGGUGACUCGAAAGACGCCCAGAUGGAUCGGAUGCAGCAGAAGUCCAAGAUCAAAGUUGUUAAAAUGCUUGUUGUAGUUGUUAUACUAUUUGUACUAUCCUGGUUACCACUGUACGUAAUAUUCGCCCGAAUAAAGCUUGGCGGUGCGCUCGAGAGCAACGAGGAGGAGAUUCUGCAGAUCGCUACCCCGAUUGCGCAGUGGCUAGGGGCAUCAAACUCGUGCAUCAAUCCGAUCCUAUAUGCGUUCUUCAAUAAGAAAUUUAGAAAGGGCUUCGCAGCUAUCAUUCGCUCGAGGAAAUGUUGCGGACGAUUAAGAUACUACGACACGGUUGCGAUCGCAUCGUCCUCGACCAGCACACGCAAAUCGUCGCACUACCAUAACAGCACCAAACGUCCACCGUACAGUCCAUCGAUGAAAUCGACGGACGCAGUGUCGUAUAUUUACGAGGAGAAAUCCGGCCGGAAGCAUCAUUCGAUCUCGAAGCAGGACAGCAAUCUCUCCCGGCACAUGCUGCUCAAACAGGACAGCAGCAUAUCUCGGCAAACACUCUUGAAGCAGGAUAGCAUCGCAUCGCGAUCGGCAAUACUGUAUCGGCAAGAUAGUGACAAUUCCCGCCAGAUGCUUUUGAAGCAGGACAGUAACGGGUCGCGUGAUAUGCUUUCGAAGCAAAGCUCGACCUCGGACUCAAUCUCCCGACAGGAUAGUCAGAUUUCGUACAUUGAGCCGCGCAAAGGCAUCCUGUGCAAGCAGGACACGCAAAUCUCGUACAUUGAGCAUACAAACGCGAGCAAAAAGUACUCCGCCUCGUUGUCCAGUCAGGACAGUGUACUUUCGAUCAUUGAACACAAAAGACACAAACUAGUAAAACAAGACUCUAUUUUCUCAUUCAAUGAGCCCAAGUCAGUGUACGAAUGCGCAGCGGCGGCGGCGGCUCCUCCAAACAAACGGCAUCAGCUGGUCAAGCAACAUUCCGUUAUCUCGUUUGCGGACCAGAAACGUGGCGGUAGCCUCACCAAACAGGACUCCGUCACAACCAUACACCGGGCCAGCAACGGCGACGGUCCGUACAUAUCGUCCAUCCUGAAGAAAACAGACUCACAGUGCAGCUCGGCAUCGCCAAUAAGGAAAAAUAUUGGCUUUUUCGAAAAAUAAGAACACCAUUCACCGUGUGUUUUGGUGUUGCACACAUAAUCUUCAUUCCAAACUAUUCGCUCUCUCUCUCUCUCUGUCAUUUGUGCAAAAGCAAAGCAAAAACGAACCAUGCUGCCUAUAGAAGGAGGAAAUCUAUAUAGACAAGCUAGAUAAAUUUUAUAUGCCCUGGGCACACACAAAAAAAAACACAACAAAUCCUCGCUUCAUACUCGACCACCGUUUUUGGGCACACCUCUCGCAGCCAGCGGAAGCGGAAAAACAGCAACAACAGCAGAAGAGACAAGUGUCAUCCCAUCUAUAACAGUGAAAAUUGCACGCUUCCUAUGGAAACCGUAGAUAAAUCCCUCUUGUUCCCUGCUGAAAUGUAUCACCAGAGCGGGCCAGCGAGGAUCACCCCGUCAUAUCAAACUCACUUUCCUAGGCAAAAAAUGAAAUAAUUCUCCCACCGCACCCACCAGCACCCACCAAUCAUCAUCCCCAUCCAUCUGCGCUCGCUCACUACACACCGACUUGGUACUCCAGGCAAACGGCUAUUAUUUUCAGUUUAAAUUCAUUUAUACCGCCAUAAUUUAUCACAAUCAAUAUCAAUCUAAUCCAAAAAUAAAAAUGGUAAAGGAAAAUAGAGUAAAAAUUUGCUACAAUGUCACAUAACACACACUGACAUCGGGGCCCACCCACGCGACGAAAGUGAGAAAACCAUGUAUACAAACGUGUCAUCCACGGUACAUCGCUGAGAAGAACGAAAAACAGCAUUCGUAUAAAACGCGAAACACACACGAACGUACAGCUAAGCGGAAGUCGGCUCGUGCAUCGCACUAGGAACACUAUGAGCGUUAUCAAUCAAGCUCCGAGGCGAAAUCAUCACAAAAAAAAACAAAACAAAACAAAAAGGUAACAACUGUAACAUAAUCACAAAAUUAACGUGUCUGUGUCGAUUUAGUUCGUGUCUAGGUGUGUAACUAGAAUUUUGUAUAAAACAGACAACAACAACAAAAAACUAAUGGUAUCAAUAAUAAGCAAAUAAUAGCGAAGAAUAUAAGAGAAACGUAACAUUUUAGCAUGUUAAUUAUAAAUUGGCCACACAAUUGAGAAAGAGCUUUUUACGCUAAGGUAACAUAAGCUUUACAAGAAGAAGAAGAGUAAAAUGCAAGAGAAAGAUAGAGAAAAAACGAAUUCACAUAUCGUUUCUCGACUUUUUAGUUCAUUUCGAGACUUUAAGUAGGAAAGUGUUUGAUGUUGUUUCUUAGUUUGUGUUUUGGAAAUUUGAAGAUAGGUGUGCGAGACUGCCAUUAGUUUUAGUUUUUUUUUUGUUUCAAGCGUUAUGCUCUAUGGUCGAAUGGAAAAUAGAUAAUUAUUUACCAAUUGACAGCAUCGAAAAUGAAAUCAUACCAACAUGAAAAACAAUGUUGUUCAAAAAGUAUCAACAUAUAUACAUCUCGUCGUGCGAAGGUUUUUUGAACACAUUUCUUAGUUUUGUUUUUUUUUUACUUUGACAUAUUGUAGUGUAAUGCUUUCUAUUAGAUUUUUAUUCAAGCACUGAAAAAACAACAUUUUUGGGGUUUAGGUUACGUCUUUCGACAACAUUAUAAGGGGACAAAUCGUUUGCGUCACGAAAAAGGUGCCAUUUUGAGCGCUCUACUGCUCAAUCAAUUGCAGAUGGAUUUACAAGAUUUUUGUACAAAUCGAGUUGGACACUCCCUAAAAAUCCGUUGCAGUAUAGGAAAUUAUGUUUUUUUCCAUUUUUUAGUUUGUUCAAAUAGCGUUGAAAUCAGAGCUUCUAAUUUCCCAUAUAUUAGGCUGUCAAAAAAGUCCUGCGGUAUUUUUUUUGAAUUUUCAUUUGUUCAUAAAAUUAGUUACAAUCAUCUGUUUUAAGUCAAAUAUGCGCCGUUUUGUUUGAUGACUUGUUCACAACGAGAUUGCAACUUCAUAAUACCCUUGUUAUAGAAGCUCGCUUCCUUAUUGGCAAAAAACUCGGAUAGCCAAUUUUUCACAGCCUAUACGGCCGAGCUUCCGGAGCUUCUGGCGUGUCACCAAAAAAGUGUGUGGCCUUGCGUUGUCCUGAUGGAAGACAAUGCGGCCUCUGUUUAUCAAAGAUGGCCUCCUCUUCAUGAGUGCUACCUUCAAGCGGUCCAGUUGUUGGCAGUACAGGUCCGAAUUGAGCGUUUGGCCAUAGGGAAGCAGCUCAUAAUAGAUUAUUCCUUGACAAUCCCACCAAACACACAGCAGAACCUUCCUGACCGUUAAUGAGGGCUUGGCCACCGUCUGAGCCGCUUCAGCGGGCUUCGAUCACGACCGUUUGCGCUUCACGUUGUCGUAAGUGACCCACUUUUCAUCGCCAGUCACCAUCCGCUUCAGAAACGGGUCGAUUUUGUUGCGAUUCAGCAGCGAUUCACAUGCGUCGAUACGGUCAAAGAUGUUUUUUUGCGUCAACGUGUGUGGCACCCAUACAUCGAGCUUCUUUGUGAAUUCAAGCUUCUUCAAAUGGUUAAUAACGGUUUGAUGACUUAUCCCCAGCUCUUGGCCGAUGCUACGGCUGCUACUAUGUCGGUCUUUCUCGGCUAAUUCAGCGAUUUUGUCCCAAUUUUCGACGACAGGCCUUCUGGAGCGUGGCGCAUCUUCGACGACCUCUACACCAGAACGAAACCAUCGUUGUGCGGUGGAAAUGGAAACUGUAUCGGGUCCAUAAACUGCACAAAUUUUAUUGGCAGCUUGAGAUGCAUUUUUGCCUUUGUCAUAGUAGUACUGUAAAAUAUGUCGGAUUUUCUCUUUAUUUUGCUCCAUACUUGCGACACUAUAACUCACGAACGACUUAACCAAACAAAACACUAUCAAGGACUAUAUUAUAUCAAGGACUAUAUUAUUACCUUUCCAACAAGCUAUAGUUUGACUCGAUACAAUGAAUACAACUAGAACUACGCGCUUACAACGACACCUCGCGGAAAUACCGCAGGACUUUUUUGACAGCCUAAUAUUUAGAGUUCGAUCGUAAACAUGUCAAGUUGCACCGUGAAACAGAUAUAGAGAUUGAUUUUCGAGAUUUCUUUUUCUGUGUGGCUCUAGACAACGAACCGUCAGCAGCGCAUGUUAGAACUGAGAGUUAAUUUGAAAAUUUUCAAAUUGGGUUUUUGUUAUUUCUCUGCUCUACUGAAAAAUUUGGGUGAGUAUUAACAGCGAUUUACUUCACUGUGUUCAACUGACGUUGAAGAUGUCGAUCGCAUUGCAAUAUGGGCUACAGGUAAUUCAGUACAUUACGCUGAUGUAUACUACGCAAUAUAAUAGAUAUAUAGUAAAACGGGUUUUCUUUCUGGAAACGUGGACGGAAGCGUUGUCUUGCUAAGAUAAAACCGGCUCAUCUAAACCAGGGAUUCUCAAAGAGGACAAAGUAUACGAACAUAUACGAAACCUGAGUUAUUAUUUAACACAAGUUCUUUCUUGAAACUUUCAUGUGAAUGUAUAAGUCAUGUUACGUAAACCAACUUGUUAUAAGAAUGACUAAUUUCAGUAGAAAGUAUUAUUGUUGUAAUCAGGGUUGCCAACUAUAAUUUUACAAAAUCAGGAAGAACGAAAAUAAAAAUCAGGAUAAAUCAGGAUAGCUCAUAAUGCGUUGUCCGAAAAGUUAAUGUCGACUUUUGGGAAAACAAAAACAUGAUUUUUAGUCAAAGCAUUAUAAUUUAAUUUUGUAUCCAUGGUUCUGUUUCACAAUUUUCGUCAUCUUUCACACAACUUAAAUAUUCUAUCCUCCCAGAACAUGUUUGCUUCCUCGUCAAGAUAUCAGGGAGCGUGCUAAAAAGUCUGGGAAAUCCUGAAAAUUCAGGAAGGUUGGCAUCUCUGGUUGUAAUUCGAAUUAAUAACUAUUAAUUACACUUGGUAUAUACCGAAUUAUAUAUUUUUUAUGAGGAAAUGUACUCAAGUUUACAUACUUAACCAACCACAAAGUUUUUGAAUUGGUAAGUAUGUUGAAUGAAUAAAAUAAAAAUAAAAUUUUCAAAGCAAUUUGCUAUAGGGGUCGAUGGUAUCACUUCAUUCUGGAAAAGGGUCUCUUGCUCAAAAUAGUUUGAGAAUUCCUGACUUGCACGAUCUUCUAGGUACGGAAUACGUCCUACAGAAGUUCUAGUUCUCGGAAUUCAUUCUGGCGUAAAUCCAGCAACCUUCCUUGGGGGGUGAGAAUGGGUCAAAGAAGGAAGUUUUCGAAUUGUCUAGACCAGCCAUACUCAACCUGCGGCCCAUUGGGCUUUUCUGGUUGGCCCAUCUGGUGUUACUUCAUUUCUCAUGUGUAACAUUCGCGAACUAAUUAGAUAAUCAUACCAAUCGAAUUGGAAAUUCUCUAAGAUAAGUUUGAUAUGCUCAACAUUUCGAUUCCCGUAAAUGGUUUAAGUUAACGAAAAUUGAAAGCAUUCCCAUUUUAAACAUUUGUUCUGUGAUUGGUCAUACCCAAGGUCGAGAGUUUAGUUUUCCAAAUUGGCCUUUUACAAGAAAGAAAACGAAUUGAGAAAUUUUAAAUCCUUUAUAAUACAAAACAUCAUCAUCCUCAUUCAAGUCGCAGUCUCGCUCCAGCUAGCAGACAGCAGUAUUUCUCAAUGCUGAUGUCACAUACAGCGGUUUUGCUCGAUACAAAGGAAGCAUGGAAGAUAGAUAUCGCACUCAGUGGUGCAAUUUUGUUCGGUGGAAUAACCGCGACGAUUUUUAUGCCGUCUGGUGGAUAGUGCUCCUGUAUUUUUGCACCACAUCAUUUGUACAUCUGAGGUGAUAGAUUAUAAUGUCGAAAGCGAGAGCGUUACGUUUGGGCUGUGUUUUGAGCGUUAACGCCACUUUGUCGACUGAACAAAAUGAUGUGACAACCACUUCAUUCGAAAGAUAAAAGAUGUAUGAGUGAUAUUUGUUACUUAUUGAAAUAAAAAUUUAUUUCAAAAGCCAAAAAACUGCAUUGUAAGCAAAGUAUUGGAAUCACAUAAAUCUCUAAAUAUGGGUACCUGCAUGAAAUGUUGUCUUAGUCAAGAUUGGUCAGCGGUAGAUACUUGUCGUCGGCUGACAGUGAAAGCACUAUAAAUAUUGUGCUCGCCUAGAACACCGUCAGUUUCUAAAGGGUGUGUCACAUCAAAUUGCAUCACGGAAAAAACGCUGUAGAAAUUCGCCCAGUAGACCGAUCCUUUUGAAAAUUUUAGACAGUAAAAUAAAAACUAUUAAACAACUUUUGGCAUUUUCUUUUUAUUCAUACUUCGAGCCCAAGCCCGUAUGCUCGCAACUUCCUCUUUACCCCGUCCAUAAGGUUCUGUACAACGUCAGGUUGUAGUUUUUUUGAACAGAAAUCCAUUUUCUCUUGAAGUUCGCCUCCGAUUUAACAACUUUUGGGUUCUUCCGGAGGGCCUGCUUCAUAAUCGCCCAAAAUUUCUCUAUUGGGCGAAACUCCGGCGCGUUGGACGGGUUCAUUUCCUUUGGCACGAAGGUGACCCCGUUGGCUUCGUACCACUCCAACACGUCCUUUGAAUAGUGGCACGAAGCGAGAUCCGGCCAGAAGAUGGUCGGGACCUCGUGCUGCUUCAAUAGUGGUAGUAAGCGCUUCUGUAGGCUGAAUUUGUCGGAGAAGAACAACAGGCCCGGCAGCUGACGAAAGUACGCUUUGACGUAGGUUUCGUCGUCCAUUACCAGGCAAUGCGGCUACGUCAGCAUUUCGGUGUACAGCUUCCGGGCUCGCGUCUUCCCCACCAUGUUUUGCCUUUCGUCGCGGUUAGGGGCCUUCUGAACCUUGUAUGUACGCAGGCCCUCCCGCUGCUUGGUCCGCUGGACGAAUGAACUUGACAAAUUCAGCUUAUUGGCGACAUCCCGGACCGAACUUCUCGGAUCACGUCUAAACUGCUUAACUACGCGCUUGUGAUCUUUUUCACUGACGGAGCAUCCAUUUUUUCCGUUCUUCACCUUCCGGUCGAUGGUUAGGUUCUCGAAGUAACGUUUUAGUACUCUGCUGACCGUGGAUUGAACGAUUCCCAGCAUCUUACCGGUGUUCCGAUGUGACAACUCUGGAUUUUCGAAAUGAGUGCGCAGGAUUAAUUCACGACGCUCUUUUUCGUUCGACGACAUUUUUCCAAAUUUACGAAAAAUUUACAGUGAAGCAUGGCCAACGUGAUCUAUACACUCUUAUCUGAUUAUAAGCGAAAGCUGAAGAUAUAAUUCCUAAAAAUAAAAUUUCUACAGCGUUUUUUCCGUGAUGCAAUUUGAUGUGACACACCCUUUAUUUUGAUACUAUGUUGAACGGACGUGCAAAAUUUUUCCCCUGAGAAUUCAUUCUCAGAAUAUGAACGAAUGACGGACAGAAGCAAAACAGAAGAGAAAUAUUAAAUAGGACGUACCGCAUCAGUUUCCAUAUCGUUAAGUAGAGAUUUUUUGUGCAUGAUUGAAUCAUUUUGAAUAAAAACAUUUUUAUAUUAAAAAUUUCGAAGCAUUAAAACUUAAAACUUUCUCAGUUAAUUCGAGUCUAGUCUUGAAAAAGGCUAAUUUAGAAAACUGUACUAAACACUCGUCCUUGUGAAAGGUCAUAUGGAAGGCCUCGCUGCCGCUGUCUGGAUGACUGAUGAAUCGUGAAUGUCUUAUUGGUGACUUUUGUCCGAUCGAUCAUUCAAUUGUCGUGAGUUAGAGCUUUGUUCCGGAUUAGAGAUGGCAUCAAAGUACAGCGCAUUUCAAGACGGAUGCGAAGGCAUUUUUAGCGGUGCGAGCUGCAGCGGUUGCUGUCGCUAUCGCUACCACCACAUAGCUGAAUUCAAUUUUCUAUAACCGUUCUGCGUGCUCUAUAAAGCAAUGAUUUUUGGAGCGUUGGAGAAGUAAAUUUCUUAAGAAACACUAAAAAACUUAAUCUGUAAAUGUUUAAAAAAUCUGUAAAUGUCUUUGCAUAUUCGAAAUGGUUUUAAAAUAACUUCACAAAUUCACAUGUCUCCUAACUGAUUAGUUCAGUGAUCUUACAACAAUUAGUUCAGUGAUCUUAUUAGCCACUGGUUACAGUACAUCCCCUCAAUAGCUGCCGCUAGUUCUGUCUCUAUCAGCAUUGGUACGGAAGUAAAUCGUAGAAGAAGCGAUCCAAAUGUUGACAUUAUGUUUAAAAAAAUGGUCUUCGGUGAGAUUAAAAUCGAUGUCUAAUGAAAAACAGAUCUACAAAAAGUUUUUCUAAGGAGUAAUUCCAAAUGAAAUCGACAAAUGACAAAACAUGAGUAUUUUUGAUUCGAAUGAAAGUGUGUAUUCCGUUUGGGUUAGAGGAAAUAUGAGUUUUCCACAGCAAUUGGGAAUUUUUUGACUCAAGCGUAACUUUUGAAAAGGGCGUAUCGAUUUGAGUAAGAGAAAUCUUUGAUAAUUUGUAUCUCAAAAACUAUGAGUCGUACCGAAAUAGUGUCUUAGAAAGAGUUAUAGAGUAUUGAUGGUUGAAUAUGAAAAAAUGUACACUGAGAAAAAAAAUUAGUACUCUUUUUUUUUUACAAAAUUUACAAUAUCCAGAAUACAUAUUUUUUUAUUUUUUUUUCAAUUUUUUCAUACAAAAUAGAAGUCAUGCAGAAAAUUUAAAAAAUGGGCCCAAGAUGGUAAAACUAUUAUCAAUCUCCUUCUAAAUGUAGCCAUUCUCGAAAUAUUUAAAAAUAUUUUUUUGUAAUUUAUUGUCUUUUUUAAAGUAAAUAAUCCCUUUUAAUAUGUUUGUCGUGUUAUACCGUUAUGUUCAUGAAAUUUUAUGAAUUUGCUUAUAAUUUCCAACAACUUUUCCAAAUACAUCAUCAUGGUUCAUUUUUUGACUCAAGCUUAACUUUUCAAAAGGGCGUAUUGAUUUGAGUAAGAGAAAUCUUUGAUAAUUUAUAUCUAAAGAAAUAUGAGUCGUACCGAAAUAGUGUCUUAGAAAGAGUUAUAGAGUAUUGAUGGCUUCAUUUGAAAAAAAAUAUACACUGAGAAGAAAAAUUAGUACUCUUUUUUUAUUUACAAAAUAAAAUUUUAAUUUGCGAUAUAAAAAAAAUAUGUAUUUUUUAAUAUUUUUUUCAAUUUUUUCAUAUAAAAUAGAAGUCAUGCAGAAAAUUUAAAAAAUGGGCCCAAGAUGGUAAAACUAUUUUUGACGAAAUUUG